AUGGCCCUGCCAACCUCCCUCGCCCCAAGCGAGGGACCAAAUACCCUAAACCCACCCGACGCCCUCCUCCUAACCAUCCGCUUCUCCGCCUCAAUACCCGACCUCCCCCUCGACAUCCAAACCCCAACGCAAACAACAGGCGCCGGCCUAAAACAACUCAUAAGAGCCGAUCUCCCACAAAAUCUAUCAUCCCACAGACUCCGCCUUAUCUACGCUGGCCGCGGUCUAGACGACCAAAGCGCGCUCUCAGCAUCUCUCAAACUACCGCCUUCGCCAGCGCGCUCGCCACGCCCCGCAGAAGACUACUCGGACCAACAGCAACAGCAACAGCAACAGCAGCACGCCAGUAGCAAUUCCCGGGAUCCAAGCAGUAGUCGCAAUGCAAUCGACAAGGGCAAACAAGCCGUCCGAGAUUCUAGACCUAGAAUCUACAUCCACUGCUCAAUUGGAGAUAUUGCCCUUUCGGACUCCGAUCUCGAGGCUGAGGCUGCUAUUGCUUCGACGACGCUCUUACAAAAACAGAAGGAUGAAUUGAUGAAACUCGGGCCUAGACAUGGGUCUUCGCUAUUUCCUUCUACCGGUGGACCAGGGGGCUUGGAUGGCUCAGGCUCACAGCAAGCUAGUUCUGCUGCUUCCGCAGCAACAGCACCGCCGACGACAACCACACCCGCCCCACGCGGUUUCGACCGUCUCCUUUCAGCAGGAUUCACAGCAUCAGAAGUAACGGCGCUGCGAUCGCAGUUUUUGGCCGUGCAGUCUGUGACCCGGACGCCGGAUACGAUGCCUUCUGGCGAGGAGUUGCGGGAUUUAGAAGAUCGGUGGAUGGAUGAGGGGAGUACGAGUGCCAAUAUUGGAGGUGGGGAUGGGGCUGGUGGUGGUGGUGCUGUCGGGGGAGGGGGUGGAUUUGGCGGAGAUGAUGAUGGUGGGUUGGGGACUGGGUCUAGGAGUGCGUGGGAUGAUAUGCUUUGGGGCGCGGUUAUGGGGUUCUUUUGGCCGGUUGGUUGUGCGAUGUGGUUGAGGAGGGAAGAGGGCGUUUGGAGUUGGAGGAAGGGUGUCGCUGUCUUUGUCGGAGUGGUUAUGAAUGCCGCUUUUGGGGCGGCGAGGAUUAUAGGUUGA